AUGAGCAUUUAUAAUGGAAAAUAGUAUUUGUUUUGUUUAAGAUUAAUAAACAAAAGAAAGGAAGGACACAGAUAACAAAGGAAAAGGAUAUAAUUUUAAUUAAGACUAUAUUAGAUAGAAAAAUAAUUAACAAGGAAAAAGGGGCAAAAAAGUUAAGAAAAAAAAAAAAAGUUAAAAUAAACUAAAAAAAUCAAAAAUACACAGUACAAAAUAGAUAUAUUAGAAAUGCCUAAGGAAAUCACUGACAUCAAGAAGUUCAUGAAGCUUUGGUAAAACAACAAGGACACCCCCGCCACUGCUGGUGCCAAGAAGGUUGUCUACGUUAAGACCAAUAAGAGAAUCACCAAGUUCAAACUUAGAGGCAAGAAGUACUUAUACACCUUCAAGACUGCUGACCCCAAGAUCGCCAAGGGUAUUAAAGACGCUAUCCCUGCUACCUAUUCUAAGAUCGAAAUUAAGGGAAAGAACACCAAGAAGGCUACUAAGAGAUCUUGA